AGAAAACAACAAGGCAGAAGGUCCUUCAGCUUGAUAUUUUCUCCUGCAGGGACGUGAGAAUCUUUCAUCAUGAAAGUCUUUGCAGGCCUCCUCACCAUCCUUCUUGUCACUGCCAUGCUCUACUCUCCAGUAUGCUCCUCCCCAUAUGCCUCAGACACCACGCCUUGCUGCUUCUCCUUCACCUCUCUACCACUUCCCCUGACCCAUGUCAAAGAAUAUUUCUAUACCAGCAGCAGAUGUGGCAACCAGGGUGUGGUCUUCAUCACCCGGAAAAACCGGCAGCUCUGUGCCAACCCUGAGAAGAAAUGGGUACGCAGUUACAUCAACUCCUUGGAGAUGAGCUAGAGAGGAGAGUCCCUUUGGCCUGGAAAUCCAGCUUCCCCACUCCUCAAAGCAUCCUACACAUGGCUUCCAAGCUGAUAGUCCUAAAGCCCAAGCCUGACUAUGUCACAGCCCAGCUCAAAGAAAACUUCGAUGGCUCUCUACUGCCCCUGGCAUCAAAAUACAACUUCCUUUGGGAUAGUUAAAGCCCUUCACAACCUGGCAUCAGCCUAUUUCUCCAGGACAGUUACAUAUCUCACUCCCUCUCAGGUACUCUAGCCAUGCUGGCCUGUACUUUUUCCCAGGUUGUCCAAGGCUACUGGAAUGCUCUCCACGCUCACUCCCAGUCCUUGGAAUUCUGACCUUCCUUCAAGGCUCCUCCCAAAUGCCACCUUCUCCAGGAAGCCUUCUGUGAUUCCUCCCCACCCACAUUAGUGCUUUCUGCCACCUCCCAAACCACUUUGUGCUUUUUGGUGUAUUUGUCUUGUGUUUACUUACUGAGAAUCUACGGUCUCCCUCCCCCAGGUCCUAUGGAAACUCCUUGAUGGGCAGACAUUGUUUUUGUAUUUGAAUCCCCAGUACCUAGCAGAGUACCUGCUUUGUAAUAAAUGCUU